CUGUUAGCUAGCUGCAGAACUGUCACAUGAAGACAGCCGCGGAAAUGAAAGGUGUGUGCUCCUGUCAGAAACAGCAGUGAUGGAUGGAGAGGGACAAAGGGCCACUGUGGCCUGGGAAACUGGCACUCUGGCACCGGUGGAUCGCCUUCGCACAGAGAGGGCGGACAGUCCCACACCAGGUCUGGUGGAGGGAACUGAACCAGGUGCUGGUGGGAAGAGUGCCAUGUUCGUCCAUGCACAGUCCUUUGAGGAUCUGACUGCAGAAGCUGAGGAAGAGGCCCUGAGGGGGGCAGAGCUGGACAAAUCGGAAGAAGACUGCACGGAGGAGCUGAAGGCGUUGGAGGAGCAGCACAACAAUGACUUUUCGUCCGACGGUCGGGCGAAGGAGGAGGACGUGUCCAGCGAGGCCUGGCGGAGCCACCGGAAGCACGUGUUCGUGCUGAGCGAGGCUGGGAAGCCGAUCUACACCCGCUACGGCACAGAGGAGGCUCUGUCCAGCACCAUGGGGGUGAUGAUGGCCCUCGUUUCCUUUGUGGAGGCUGAGAAGAACAUCAUCCGCUCCAUUCACGCAGAUGGCUGUAAGGUGGUGUUCCUCACGAAGAGUCCCCUGGUUCUGGUGGGCGUGUCUCGGACCUGCCAGUCAGACAGAGAGCUGCUGCGGGAGUUGCAGUACAUCUACUACCAGAUCGUCAGCCUGCUCACGCUCACACAGCUCAACCACAUCUUCCAGCACAAGCAGAACUACGACCUGCGCCGCCUGCUGGCCGGCUCCGAGUACCUCACCGACAACCUGCUGCGGCGGCUGGACCGAGACCCGGGCCUGCUCCUGAGCGCCGUCACCUGCCUGCCGCUGGCCAGCUCGGCCCGGGACGUGGUGUCGUCCAGCCUGCAGGCCGCCAAGGCCAAGAGCCUGGUGUUCUCCAUCCUGCUGGCGGGCGACCGCCUCGUCACCCUGGUCAGGAAGAAAGACCAGGUUCUGCACCACAUGGACCUGCACCUGGUCUUCAACCUGGUGGGCUCCUCCUCGUCCUUCAGAGAGGGCGAAGGUUGGACGCCCAUCUGUCUGCCGAAGUUCAACACGGCGGGGUUCUUCCACGCUCACAUCUCCUACCUGGAGCCUGCGUCUGAGCUCUGCCUCAUCCUGGUCUCCACGGACCGGGAGGACUUCUUUAACAUGUCCGACUGCAAGCGGCGCUUCCUGGAGAGGCUGAGUAAGCGCAGCGCCUACCAGACGCUCAAGGACGCCCUGAAGUGUCCCAGCUACUCCGUGGCUCAGGUCGGCAUCCCAGAGCUCAGGCACUUCCUGUACAAAUCCAAGAGCUCGGGGUUGUACACCAGUCCAGAGUUUCCUGUCGUGUACGAGUCUGAUGAAGAGCAGGAAAGACUGAUGGGAUUGUACCAGGACCUUCACAGCUGCUUGCACCACCCGACCAGACCUCUGCGCUCCUUCUACCGCUGCAGUGAGACCGAGAACCUGCUGGCUUGGGUGACAAGCGGCUUCGAGCUCUACCUCUGCUUCAGCCCGCUGGCGACCAAGGCCCUGGCCGUCUCCGCCGUGAACAAACUGCUGAAGUGGAUCAGGAAGGAGGAGGAUCGCCUCUUCAUCUUGAGCCCUCUGACAUACUGAGCCGCCGCCGCCGCCGCCGCCGCCGCCUUCUCUGUCCUCCCGAAGCUGGAGGCGGCAUGUUGAACGCCUGCCGUCCCGGUGCUAGUGUCACAGCGGCUCAAGGCUAAACGUUUCUCGCUCGUUGGUCAUCUGAUUUAAAGUAACACUAAGGAACUUUCAGUUUCCGUUGAUUUUGGCGGCGCCAGUGGACAAAAGCGGUAGUGUUUUGCCUAAAGGAAUACUACAGUUCCCAUGAGGCCUAGUGCGUGACGUCGU